AUGAAGUUGCUUUAUAUUGUAUUCUUUACUUUUAUUUCCUAUUCGAACUGUGUUGAAAGAUUUCAAAUAUACUGGAAUGUGCCGGCAAAGAAAUGCACAAAUCUAUCCCUCGACGACCCGGAAGCAUCGAUAAUCCACAAUGAAAAACUCGUUUUCCAUGGCCCUGGGGCUGAUAAAGUAGCCAUUGUUUACGGAGCACGUUUCGGACAAUGGCCCCACAUAAACAGGGAGUCACAUGAGCAAUUUUAUGGCGGUAUUCCACAGAAAGGCAAUCUCACCGCUCAUUUCGAGAAACUUCAAACCGAUCUCGACAUGCUUGUUCCUAAUCCGAAUUUUAAUGGGCUUUUUGUGAUUGAUAUGGAGCGAUGGAUUCCCUAUUACGAUCUGAAUAGCUUGAACUUGAAAAUCUACAAAAAUGCUUCCCUUGAGUACGCAAAACAACAAAGUCCUUCGCUAAAUGAAACGGCGCUGGAAGAAAAAGCGAGAAAUGAUUGGAAUAAAGCAGCCAAGCAAUGGUUCACUGGCACGAUCAAUUUUGUGAAGAAGAAACGUCCGGGAGCGAAAAUCGGAUUUUAUGCAUAUCCGAUCACCGAUCAUCACGUUGGACAGCACAAUCGAACAGAGAUCAUCGAGUCGGUUCAGGAGGGAAAUGAUGAAAUGGCAACAUGGUUCUACUCGAACCUCGAUUUUCUGAUGCCCGAGAUCUAUUUGAGGAAAAGAGUUCAUGGAAAUAAUAGAAUGAACGAGUGGAUUCAUAUCCAAGCGAAUCUCGGAGAAGCACGUCGCAUUCAAGAUCGACUCCAGGGAAAGCAUCAACUUGUGCCCUAUACGAAAUUCGAAAGAGAUCCCAAAAAGGGAGACGCUCCACAUUUCUAUAGCGAUGUGGAUCUAUGCAAGACGGUGACCCUCGCGAGGCAGAUGGGUGCAAAUGGUGCCAUCUUUUGGAGCGUUCACCACACCACGAGGGAAAUAAAAUCCAAUGAGAACGGCGGGGCGACCUGUGAUGCGUUGACCCCUUAUGUGAACGAUCGACUUGUGCCUUACCUGGCAAAAGACGUUCAAGCAGCGGAUACGUGCUCGAAAAAACAGUGCAGUGGUCAUGGGACAUGCUAUACGAAAAAAAUGAUGACGCAUUGCGAAGAGCUGCCCUUCGAUGAGAUGAACUGUGUUUGUGAUCAAGGAUGGAUGGGUGAUAGGUGUGAAAGUGAGCUGACAAAUAAGGCGACACUCGAUGACACAACUACCGUACAACCCAAU